CGCGAAUACUGCCAGGGAGUUUCUGAGAGUCGGGAUUGUAGCCAAGAUUGAAACCACUAUGAUGACUGCGUGGAGGGAAUGUAGCCAGCGAAGUUGAUGUGUCGCAGAGGGAGGGAGACAAAAAACUCAGAAGGAAAUCUAGAAUGGCUGAGGCAGAGGAGGAAAGCUGCAGUAUAUACCCAGUCACGCUGCCCAGCAGCAGCGAGAUUCGGGCUCGGGUGCAGCAGUUUGUGGAGGAGAGGAUGCAGACGACCAUGCUGACGGGCAUGCUGAUUGGAGCAGCUGUGGCAGUGUCUUUCAUUGGAAUCAUCGUGCUCUUCCUCUACCGGAGAUACAAGCAGGCCAAGGAGCAGCAGGCUGGUGCUCCUCGUUAUCGCUUCAGGAAAAGAGACAAGGUGAUGUUCUAUGGAAGGAAGAUCAUGAGAAAGGUGCAGACCUUGUCCUCCACCCCUGCCUCUAACUCAGUGUCCAGGCAGCGCCCGCGUAAAAGACCCAAAGUCCUGUCCAUAGCCCGCAGGAUCUUGCAUUUUCGGAGGGAACCCCCCACUCUGCAGCCGAAAGAGCCCCCACCUUCGUUGCUGGAGGCCGACCUGACGGAGUUCGACGUGCAGAAUUCCCACCUGCCCUCUGAGGUGCUGUACAUGCUGAAGAAUGUCCGGGUGCUGGGUCACUUUGAGAAGCCGCUGUUCCUGGAACUGUGCCGCCACAUGGUGUUCGUGGAGCUGCAGGAGGGGGAGGGCCUCUUCCGCCCCGGCGACACAGACGACAGCAUCUACGUGGUCCAGGACGGGCGCCUGGAGCUCUGUAUCCACGAGAGCGACGGCUCGGACGCCGUGGUGAAGUACGUGCUGCCGGGGGACAGCGUCCACAGCCUGCUCAGCAUCCUGGACGUCAUCACCGGCUACCCCGCGCCCUACAAGACCGUGUCCGCCCGGGCUGCCUCCCGGUCCACCAUACUGCGCCUGCCUGCGUCCGCCUUCUGCUCCGUCUUUGAGAAAUACCCAGACACCCUGAUCCGAGUCAUCCAGAUUAUCAUGGUGCGUCUUCAGAGAGUGACUUUCCUGGCCUUACAUAAUUACUUGGGCCUGACAACUGAACUCUUCAACCCUGAGCGUCAGGCAGCGCCGCUCGUGUCUGUCUCCACUGUGCUUGGAGAGGGGAGUACAGGCAAGGGACAACGCAGACACUCUCAGUCCCUCCCCACGGACGAAGACCCCACCCAGGACAGGGGGUCCCCGGGGCACGUAGACUGCCCUGGAGAUGCAGAUAGCAGGAAGGCCGUAGCCGUGGACAGUCCCUCUGUUACCUUCAGGAAGGCCCGCUCCAUGUCCACGCCCACAGAUAGCACAGGAAUGACUGGGACUGACCUUAACAUGGCGUACGAGCGAGCUAGAGUUACCAUCGAUGAUCCCUCCACCAGUCCUGUCAUUCACAAGUCCAUCCUGAAGAAGAGUGUGACCAUGCAGCAGACCCCAUCUGCUGUGUUUCAUUACUCUGAGAGUGGGGGUCAGGGUGGCCAUGUCCCCCACAGCAAGAUCAACACCAUCUUCCAGGCAGCCAAGGAAGACCUGGUCAGACUGAUGCAGCUGCAGGAUGCUUCUCUGCUGGAGGGCAAGGUGACUCUGCACCAGGUGAAGCCAGGCGCUGAGGUGGCACGGCAGGGGGAUCAGGAUGUGAGUGUGCAGUUUGUGAUCUCAGGGCUGCUGCAUGUGUACCAGCGUAUGAUUGACCGUGAAGAGGACACCCUUCUGUUUCUCACCCAUCCGGGGGAGAUGGUGGGGCAGCUGGCCGUGCUGACCGGGGAGCCCCUCAUCUUCAGUGUGCGCGCCCUCCGAGAGUGCACCUUCCUGUCCAUCUCCAAAACGCACUUCUACGAGAUCAUGCGAGCAGAGCCCGGCGUGGUGCUGAACAUGGCUCACACAAUGGUCCGCAGGGUGUCCUCCUUCGUCAGGCAGAUUGACUUCGCCCUCGACUGGAUGGCUGUGGAGGCCGGCCGCGCUGUGUACAGACAGGGAGAGAAGUCCGACUGCACCUUCAUUGUCCUGAGUGGACGUUUGCGCUCGGUCAUCAUGAAGGACGAUGGGAAAAAAGAGCUGAUUGGGGAGUACGGACGCGGUGACCUCAUCGGGGUGGUGGAGGCCCUGACACAUCAGAACAGGGCCACCACGGUGCACGCGGUCCGCGACUCGGAGUUAGCGAAGCUGCCAGAGGGGGCGCUCAGGUCCAUAAAGAGGAAGUACCCGCAGGUGGUAACACGGUUGAUUCACCUUCUCGGACAGAAGAUCCUUGGAAACCUACAACAAGUCAAUGGACCUCUAUCAGGUCGUGGGCUGGGCCUGCACACCCCCAGCAGUAAGUGGGACUCGGGGAACCCGGCCUCUAACCUGUCCACCGUGGCCAUCCUGCCCGUGUCGGAGGAAGUUCCCUUGACCGCCUUCACCCUGGAGCUGCAGCACGCCCUCAGUGCUAUCGGUCCCACCCUCCUCCUGACUAGUGACAUCAUCAAACAGCGCCUGGGUGCCGCAGCACUGGACAGCGUUCACGAGUACCGGCUGUCCAGCUGGCUGGGGCAGCAGGAGGACAUCCACCGCAUCGUGCUCUACCAAUCGGACGACUCGCUCACGCCCUGGACCCAGCGCUGCAUCCGCCAGGCCGACUGCAUCAUCAUCGUGGGACUCGGGGAGCAGGAGCCCACAGUGGGGGAGCUGGAGCGCAUGCUGGAGGGCAGCGCGGUGCGGGCCCAGAAGCAGCUGGUCCUGCUGCACCGCGAGGACGGGCCCCCGCCCAACGGCACGGUGGAAUGGCUCAACAUGCGCAGCUGGAUCUCCAGGCACCUGCACCUGUCCUGCCCCCGCCGGGUCUUCAGCAAGAGGAGCCUGCCCAAACUGAGAGAAAUGUACGAGCGGGUGUUCCAGAAACCGCCGGACCGCCACUCGGACUUCUCCCGCUUGGCCCGGGUCCUGACCGGCAACGCCAUCGCCCUGGUGCUGGGGGGAGGGGGAGCCAGGGGGUGCUCUCAGGUUGGGGUGAUCAAAGCCCUGAGCGAGUCCGGGAUCCCCGUGGACCUGAUCGGCGGCACUUCCAUCGGCUCGCUGAUGGGGGCGCUGUACGCCGAGGACAGGAGCUGCAGUCGCAUGAGGGUCCGGGCGAGAGAGUGGGCGAUGGAAAUGACAUCAGUAUUCAAGAAGGUCCUGGACCUGACCUACCCCAUCACCUCCAUGUUCUCCGGGGCCUCCUUCAACUCCAGCGUCAGCGCCGUGUUUAAGGGGAAGCAGAUAGAGGACAUGUGGAUCCCUUAUUUCAACAUCACCACUGACAUCACCGCCUCCACCAUGAGGGUGCACACUGACGGUCCGUCCUUCCGUCCUUUCGACGCUGCCCGUCCAAUUUCCAUCUUUGUCAUUCCUUUAACAGCGCCCGUUCUCUCUGUCAUUCUCUCAUUCACUCUUCCUCUCGCAGGCUCUCUGUGGAGGUAUGUCCGUGCCAGCAUGUCUCUGUCAGGGUACCUGCCCCCUCUCUGUGACCCCAAAGAUGGACACCUGCUCAUGGACGGAGGUUAUAUAAACAACCUGCCAGCGGACGUGGCGCGGUCCAUGGGCGCCAAGGUGGUGAUCGCCAUCGACGUGGGCAGCCAGGACGAGACGCACCUCACCAACUACGGCGACUCGCUGUCUGGCUGGUGGCUGCUGUGGAAACGCUUCAACCCCCUGGCGGAGAGGGUGAAGGUGCUGAACAUGGCGGAGAUCCAGACCCGGCUGGCCUACGUGUGCUGCGUGCGGCAGAUGGAGUCGGUGCGGAGCAGCGAGUACUGCGAGUACAUCCGGCCGCCCAUCGACCGCUUCGGCACCCUGGACUUCGGCAAGUUCGACGAGAUCGCCGAGGUGGGCUACCAGCACGGGAAGACCCUGUUUGACGUGUGGAGCCGCAGCGGGGUGGUGGGCAAGAUGCUGAAGGACAGGCGUCAGGAGGAGUUCCACAACACCAAGAGCAACAAUGUGGACAUGUGCCCCAACGCCUCCUUCACAGACCUGGCGGAGAUCGUGUCGCGGAUCGAGCCGGCCGAACAGGCGGCGCAUGUGACGGAGGAGUCCGAUUACCAGACGGACUACGACGAGGAGGCGGCGGAGAGCGCGGUGUCGGAUUUUGAGCCGUCCUGUCGGAACAGCGAGCACACGGAGGGGGAGGAGACUGCCGACACGGAUGAAGAAAUGGAAAUGCAGUAUAGACGCCAAGCGUUCCGAGCCUCUGAUGGUGUCACUCCCUGAGCCAUGGGGGUGAGUGGGGGCAGGGCAGCCAUUGUGACAAUCCUCAAAGCAGUUUUGUAAACAUAUCCUGGAAUUGUGGUUUUGGGGGGGGGGGGCGGGGUUGGGGCGGGAUUGAGUUCUUAUUGCUCGCCGGCACCCCCUUCUGGCCACCCGAGGCUGCACGUGAAGCGUCUUCCAUUCGGCACUGUCUGCGUUGGACUCCACCAGGCGUCCGAGGUGUGAAAAGAAGCAGCGGCUGAUGUCAUGCAUCUCACCGGGCAGCCCGUGCUCGCCUGAGCUCGGGGGGCAUUACAUGCGACUGACAGCAGGGCAGCUUGCGGCUAUGAUCACUAACACACAGGCACAACUGGGCGUUCCCUAAAAGAAAUGUUUUAACGAAACAGUCAUGGUUUAUGUGUUAAGAUUUUCAAUAGACUACUGAAGGCAUUGGUAAAAUGCAUUUGAUAUAUAUUUCCAGAACCUUUGAAUAGAAAUUAACUAAGAAAUAGGUGAAAAUUAAUUCAAUAAUUAAAUACGGAUGUUUCUACUACAAUAUGCAUAUUGGCAGUAUUCUAGCUAGUGUAUGCCUUUCAUUUUUAAUUAAUUUUAAUUAAUUUCCUUAAUAAAUUCAAUACAUUUCCUUAUAAAAGUUAUAAAACAUAACUUUUUGAAAUGAUGCCUGGCAAAUUUGGCAAUAUAAUACAAUCCCCAACAAGCAUUUCACCAACAUCUCAUGACUUCAUGGACAAUGACUUUGCAAUGAACUGUGGGAUCUUUAAGGAAGAGAAACACGGAAAACACUACAGUACAUACACCGUCUUUCAAGAUAAAAUUUAAAAGAUGGGAACAUGGCAAAUUUUGUACAUUGAUCAGUGACUGAAUCUGACAUAUUCUAGACAAUGACAAGUAGCCAAGAACAUGAAUGCAGAUGCACUUUUCCUAUUGAUAUGGGGCGCAGUUCUCUCUAGAUGUGUUAUCGGGAGUAUCCUGUCUGACUUUUAUGCGUGCCAUUUUAUAAAGUAGGAUAUUACACAUAUUUGUGUUCGUAGUAUUGUCUGCAGAUUUUUUUGUUUGGUUAAUUUUUCCUUUUUUAGAAAUUUUUUUGUGCCUCCUGUCUUCUAAUAUCAGGAUGCGUUUUGAAGGUUAAUGAGUGUUACAAGAACCCAUGAACUCUUAUGGAUAACAGGAAGAGACAGAUAAGAUAGGACUCUUAACAGCUAACUUAGCCAAAAUUCACACCAGAAUCUGGUGGAUGCACGCACAAGCUCGUACGUACACGCACACUCACUCACACACACAUACAUGUGUGUAUUUACUCAUAAAAUAUUGUGCAAAUGUCUACAAACGCACACCACACGCAAGCAUGUAGACACGCAUGCGCACACAGAAAUUCUAACAUACGCCUAUCAAUGCAAAUAUUUUUUAUACCUGUUAUCUCUCAUUUUGUGCCUACUUUACAACUUUAACAGAUCAAUACUAACUGUGCUCAUAGUAUUACUGGUCAUAGUGAUAUCACAGUUUACUAGAAGUGAACUAAAACCUCAGUUUUGAUUACAAGGAAGCUAGUUAUGAAAUUAUAAUGUAAAAGUUAUGUUGUAAUAUUAUAAUGUUUAGAAUGUUUUUAAUUUAGAGUAUUGUUGGGUAUCCAUGUGAAAUUGAUUGUAAAAUAUUUUGCGUGUAACCAGUAGAACUUAAGUGCAGGUCAGUAGUUUUACUUGGAGAUAUGACUGAUAUUAAGCUGGUAAUAGUUAUUUCCUUAUAAUUUUAUCUUGUGUUGAUGUGUCAAAUGCCUUGUCAAAUUUACAUGACAGACCAUUUUUACAACAUUUCCUACAUACCCAGAAUAGUUAUUUAGCAUCAAAUUUGAAAAGGCAAUGGUGUGACAGUCUUGUGUUAUCUUGACUGCCAUAAAGGUUUAUUUGUGAAAAAUGUCCUUCUUUUUUUUGUUUCUUUAUAUAUUUCAGUACUGCGGCUCUCAAGCUGAGCUUUUGCAAGUUUUGAUCCAGUGAAUUUGAGAUGACUUUUAAAAUGGUUAUUUUGGUUAUUAUGAGUUAUUAAAAAAGCUAAUUUAAUGAAGUAUACUGUGACUACCUAGGUGAGUAAAUAGUGGUGUCAUGCUGGUAUGUCCAAAUUGCCCACAAGCUUCCUACCACAUAGCCAGGUGUGCAGGUGCAGAAUUGUGGCAAACAGGAACUGCUUGGUGUAAACGAGCUCACUGGCAUUCUGGGUCAGGUCUGCUAACUUCAUUGGGCCUUAUUCACAAAACUUUUCUUAAAUUAUUCUUACUUUUGUUCUUAAAAAUGUUCAUAGGUUAAAAAAAAAAAACAAUAUGAGAUUUAUGACACGUGCAGACCUUUGUUUUCAUGUAUGUCCCAGGUUUAUGAGAUGGUAAAUGGUGGCUGUCUGUUAAUUUUAUGCGCAAUCCUGUUCAUGUGAUUUGAAUGAGGAAAGAGUCAGGAACAAAUAAAGAUAAGAAACAAGUGAUGAAUGUUUUUGGAAAUGUUCUUACACGCGGUUUAUGAUCAAAUGUAACUGUGUACAUGUUUUGUGAAUGAGGCCCAAUAAGUCCUUGUCAGUGUGCAAAUGUGCUAUUGGUUUUCCUUUGCACCAAGCUCUCAAUUAAUAGUUUUAUUGAUUUAACUCUUAACUGAAUACUGAUCUGAAUUUGACUGUUUGUCAACAAGUAUUGGCUGUUUGUCUUUUGUUAUUGAUGUGGCUUCUUGAAAAUGUGUUCCUGUAAUUUAAAAAGAAACAACUGUUUUAACCCAUUUUAAGAAUUCUUCUUUUGUCUGAUGUACGUCUUUGUUAGUUACAUGGCUUACUUAAAAUUAAUAUUGAGCCAGCUGCUUUUUCUAGCAGAAAAUGAUUGAAGCUCUAGGGUUGAAGCAUAUUUUAUCCAAGUUUGUGAAAGUUCUUUCUAUUAAUUUAAAUUCCUUAAAAAUAAUAAUGCAGACAUAUUCCUUUUUAAUAUAGAAUUAUUAUUCAGCGGAGCUUAGAACAGUUGAACAGCUAAUUACGUUUAAUUGUGACUGCUGCUCCCUGAGAUUAAUUGAAGGGACAGAUAUAUUUAAAAAUGCAAUUUAACAAUUUUAAUUAACAUUAGCAUAUCCUUACAUUAGCAUAAAUGUACCUAUGAAAGCACAUUUUAUUCACAAAGUAUAGCAUAGUUUAAAUGCGUUUAUUUCAAAUAGACAUUUGUAUUCAACCGACAGCCCAAUCAAGCCUAAUUAAUUGAGAGUUCAGUUUGAAUGAAAGCUGGUGGAAAAUAAGGUGCGUUCGCCAGACCUCAGCAAACUGGCGAGAGAUAAUCAAUCACAAAUGAUAUUCAGCUUUUGCGAAGCCAUUUGGAAUGUAAUGCAAUGCUUUUAGACUGAAAUGUUAAGGUCAUUUAGUUAAUGCUGGGUGAAAAUGAAAGACCGAAUAUAUAUUUAUUACCGAUUCCUGAAUUUGUAAUAAAGUGAAGAACGUGUGUGUCUUAA